UGUCAUUACUGUAGGUACCAAACCUUGCCCAACAGAUAUUUUUUAUCCCUUCCUAUAAAGCAACUCACUCACACUGAAGGAGCACUUGUAGCCUUAUGGGUGACCAACAGAGAAAAGCUACGAUGUUUCAUUGAGGCAGAGCUUUUUCCUACCUGGGGAGUCAGCUACGCUGCUACUUUUUAUUGGUUAAAGGUGAAAGAAAACGGAUCCUUGAUUUGUGAUUUAGAUCUCUUCCAUCAUAGGCCGUAUGAAUGCCUGAUCUUGGGAUAUAGUCCUGGGAAGGUAAAUAAUACUGAUAAUCUAUCAGAGUUUCAACCUGUGAAGAAUGAUCGGGUGAUUAUGAGCAUUCCUGGGGAUUACUCAAGGAAACCCCAAAUUGCAGAUUUAUUACUGGAGCACGUUCCUGGACUCAAACCUCCUCGAUGUAUAGAGCUAUUUGCUAGAGAGAUUUUGGCAGGAUGGGUUGCUUGGGGAAAUGAACCCCUCUACUUUCAAGAUUCUAAACAUUUUGUAAAAAAGAUGGUUCAAUGAUUCUUAAGGAAAAAAGAUUCCAUCCCUGAAACAAAGACAUACUGAAGCUCUGCUUCGACUGUGAGAGAUUGGUCUUAAACAAUGGUAGGGAACGGGUUCUAAUUUCUAAGAUAAUGUAAUGCUUAUUGAUGGGAUUUUGUUUAAAGAGUCCUAAUUUAAACAUUUCUGCACUAUCAAUAAGUUGUAGUUCAAUGCAAUUUCAAUUUAUUUAUGUCAUAUGCAGCAGCCAGUGUUUUAUAGUAAUUUUGUCCAUUCACUAGAGUGACAAAUUUUGUGAAAAUGUACAAAUUAUUUUCUUAUCAUGCUAGGGUUUGAAAUUAUCGUGCCUGCAAUAUGCUGUAUGAUUUAGUUAGAUUCAUCUAAAU